AUGCAAGGUACGGGAGCGCUCGUGGGCCCGUGGAGGAGCUGCUUGGCGCUGUUUGCUGACGAGCAGUACGCGGUGGCGCUGUGUAUUUACGCAGCCAUUCAAGGCGAGGUGGAGGAGCCGGUGGAGGAGCAGACGUCUUGGUGGAAGGACGCCGUGACGGAGGAAUUCUCGAGGCAGGACGUGCUGGUAUUGGCGCUUAUUACGCUCUGCGUCUUGCGGCUGAUGGUGUUCAUGAUCCAAGUGACGUGGAAGCUGGUGAAGCUGCCAAUGCAAUGGUAUGGCGCGUUGGAUAAAGAGGAGGAAGAGGACGAGGAGGGGAUCAGGGAGAAAAACAGUGAACAGUCGACCAAGUCGAGCGAGAGAAAACAGUUGACGAUCGUCCGCUUCUGCCAUCUGCAGUUCCUGCUCGUCGUCGAGAAGUUGAAGCGUGAAAUGAGAAGCGCGAAGAUGGAGAACACGCAGCAAAUGGUCGCGUCGCUGGAAGUAUCGCAACACGAGGACGGGAAGGAGGUAACGCUCGCGGAGAUUUUGGCGACGCUGCGGAAGAUUCAGGCUAAGGACAGCAGCUUCAAGGCGAGCGAGGUGGAGGAGCACCUCCAAGACAUUAAACAGGGCGUAGACAACGAAGAGGAUGCGGACGCAGGUCUACCUGAAGCCUGGACUCGACUGCAGGAAAUCUAUGCGUCGUUUUUGCGGAUUCAGGCGACGAUUAUCCGUCGGCAGCAGCGGAAAAGGAAGUGGGAGUGGCAACUGAAGCAGCACGAGCAGAGCUCUCAACGUUGUAAGCGUCGACUACACAGCAAUGAAGACCCGACGGAAGAAGUGUUGCAGGAGCUGCAGGAGCUGACCAAGGAGUUGCCGCAGGGCUUCACCGCCGACAUGUUCACGUCGCUGGGCAACGCCAUGCAUGAAAGUACGGCAGCAGCGGAGCCUGAGACAAGCCCUGCGUGUUCUUCACAGAUGGAGAUCAAGCCUACUUCGCGUGCUGCCGACAAGACGCACACAUCCAGCGUCUGUGCCUAG